GGUUCGUUUCCGAGCGACGAUGGGCGGGACCUGCACGCGGAUGGCGCUGAGCCAGCGACAAGACCUCUGGGGCUCGAGCCUCCUCUCGCCGCUCUUUGUGGAAGACGACAUUGAGAGCCUCGGGACUUCGUCUGUGCCCCACACGGUGCUCCCGGGGUUCCCGAUCAUUUCCGCGCGUACGAAAAUCGCGCUCUUGUACGACGGCAAGAUCACAGCGGUCGUGCCGCAGCUCGGGUCCGUCUCGUUCAACGUGAGCGCGACGAGCAAGUACUCUGGUGUCCACAUUUUUGCCAAGGGCAACCUGACCGUCUCGCGCUUCUUCAAGGACCGCAACCGGGCGCCGAACGCGUCGAGCCAAUUCACGAUCGACACGGAAGAGAUGCUCGUGUCGACCAACGCGACGAAAGGAUCGCACGAGUACCUCCUCCGCUUCUGCAUGACCAAGACAAGCGGCAAUGAAGUCGUCAUCAAGUCGUAUCGCGCAACGUCGAUCCAAGUGCUCGAGCGAAGCAAAUUGCUCGUGCUCGAAAAACCGUCGAAUGCCCUCGCAUCCAAUGUCUACUACCUCGUCAACAACGUCCUCAACUCGGACUCGCUCACGCUGCUCCGGUCCGUCUCGUUCUUCUCCGACAUUGCCGACGAAAAGCUCCUUCGAUUGGCCGACCUCUCAACCAUUAGCGUUCUCGCACCGGGAUGCGUCGUCUUCCGGGAGAACGACGAAGAAGGCUCCGAGAUGUUUAUUACGCUCGCAGGCGCGCUCGAAGUGAGCUCCAACCAAAGCGGCCAGUCGAUCGUGCUCGCGACACUGCACGCGGGCUCGUGCUUUGGCGAGAUGGCCCUCAUGACACGCGUGCCCCGCGCAGCGACGAUCAAGGUGCUCGACCAUGCCAUGCUCCUCUCGAUCGAGAGAGAUUUCUUUCUCCAGUUCCUCGACGACAACCCCGAGGUGCAAAACAAGCUACGGCAUUUGCUGCAGGAACGCUUCAUGAAGAAGGCCCUGUCGUCCAACAUUGUGCCCUUCUUCCAAGCGAUUGAACUGGACCGGCUCGUCGAACUCUCGCACCACUUUCUCGUCGAGGACACGAUUUGCUCGGGCGAUAUCAUUCUGACGCCCGAGACGUACGACACCAAGUUUUGCAUCAUCAUCUGCGGCACGGUCGAGGCGAGCGACGUGGCCGGCGAGUCCACAAUGACGACCGUGCUCUCACCGGGGAGCUACUUUGGUACGUUUGCUCACUUCCCACACGCCUCGAACGUCCAACAUACGGUCGUCGCCAAGACGCCGUGCGUCCUCUUCUCGUGCCCACGCGACGUGAGCACCCGCAUCAUUGGCACGUCGCCCGUCGCGUUGGCCGAGAUUUACAUUCGCUGGCUGCGCGACGCCGUCGAGCUCAAGCACGUCAUGCAGCACCACAAGGCGCGCGACUUCUUCUUGGCGUUUUGCCGCGCCGAGUUUAGCGAAGAGAACGCGCUCUUCCUCAUCGACCUCGACACGUACAUGGGCAUCCAGGCCAUGGGCGCGCGGCGUGAGAUGGCACAGUUCCUCUGCGAGACGUACAUUAGCGAGACCGCGCCCAAGCAGGUCAAUAUUGACCACAAUAUGCGCGAGAGCAUCAUCAACCAAAUCGCGUCGCUCGGCGUCCGCGGCGUGGAAGACGAAAUGGAGGUCGAGCUCACGGUCUUUGAGCCGGCGCGGUACGAGAUCACGCGGCUCGUGACCAAGGACAGCUUCCCGCGCUUCAAGCGCACCAAGUUCUUUACCGAGAUGCUCGACGCGUUCGCUCCGUAUUCGCAUGCCCGCCACAUCUCGCUCGCAGACGCGGUCAAUCAGUUCAAGGAGAAGAUCGUGCUGAGCCCGCGGGACGGCGCGCACGAGGGCGCGGGCGCGCUGUAUGGGCGCUUUGAGAAGAUCGUCGACACGGUCAACCUGCACAAGAACCGGCGGUCGACGCUCAUGGGCGAGAGCCAGCCGAUCGCGCGCGUGCGAAAAUCCGUGUCCCGCAUCCUCGCCGACCGGUGAAGGCAAGCGACCUGUACAGACCCACGUCGUAUCGUAUCAAUGGCGUCAGCUGCUAGUUUAUUAGACGAGGUGCAAUAACGUUUUCAAACACGCUUCGAGGUUGCCUUGGGCCUCGCGCAGCUUGCGCUCAGCAAUCGCGGUCGGAA